GGCAUAUUCUUUAGUAAAUCGGUGCAAUUUUUUCAGAAGUUUGACACUAAUGGGUUCCGGUAAAGUGCAGGUAUUUCGAUGUUUAAAAAACAAGUUUAAAAUAGCAUAGUGCGAGACAGAAAGCAGCCAAAAUGAAAAAUAUAGACUUGUUGAACGAGUGGUAUUUGAACAGAACCAAAAACACAGUCAAACAUAUGACGAAUUUUAUAGAAAACCGUUGUUACUUCAGAGCAAGAAUCAACAGACAGUUUUGGAAAGCCAGUGAAGAUUUUUCAGAGCCUUCGUAAAAGGGGCUCCAGGAUGACGUCAUAGAUAGAAUCCCCAACGAAGUCUGAUCACGGAGACGUAGUAUA